ACUGGUGUGAGAGCGGCAAAAUCACACUACUGCUCUGGCAUGCGAUGGCAUCGCCCAAACCCCAGCCUGGAGACUUGAUUGAGAUAUUUCGCUGCUGCUACAGCCACUGGGCUGUCUACGUUGGCAAUGGAUAUGUGGUCCACGUGGCACCCCCAAGAAAAAUCCCAGGAGCUGAUGGGGCCAGUAUCAUGUCUGCCGUGGUUGACAAGGCCUUCGUGAAGAAGGAGCGGCUGUGUGCCGUAGUUGGGGGAGAUACGUACAGGGUCAACAACAAGCACGAUGACAAGUACAACCCUUUCCCUCCCAGGAAAACCGUCCAGCCGCCAGAGGAGCUGGUGGAGGAGCUGGUGGACCAGGAGUUCUGCCGCAGUUUGAUCAGCAAUUACCACAAGCAUUUCAUCAAUGAGCUGCGCUACGGGGUCCCCUGCAGCGACCAGGUCAGAGAUGCUGUCACAGCAAUUAUCAUCAUGGAAGUGCUCCUGGCACUGGAAGUGCUCCUAUUGACUAGAGUCACGUUCUCAAGAAACAAGAAGCAAAAUCAAUGGCCUGAAGGGAGUGUCUUGUCAGCAGUGACAUUAUGCAUUAAGGAGAGUCUUGUUUUGCUAGACAGUUUUAAGAGUUAACAGGCAGGUUGAUAGGGAGUCCAAGGCCCCUUUAAGGAGGAAGUAAACUUUCUUUCUUUUUCAUAUUAUUUUGCCUUAGUCUUGUAGGCUAUGAUAUAUCCUUGUAGUCCUGUAAGCUAUGAUAUAUCUUGCUCAAGGACAUGCUUAUUUUAAAAGCUCUGUGGUGGGAGGGGGGAUCAGGAUGGGGAAUACAUGUAACUCCAUGGCUGAUUCAUGUCAAUGUAUGACAUAACCCACUGAAAUGUUGUGAAGUAAUUAGCCUCCAACUAAUAAAAAAAUAAAUAAAUAA